ACAAUGUUUGUGUCAAUAUUCUGACAGUAAUUUGUUCAUGUGGUUUGAUAGAUCAACAUGGCUUGAAGUAUAACUGCUAGCAAAGGUCUGGAAGAAAAUAAUGACAGUUGGAUGGAUCUAAUGAAAAAGGAGUGUUAGAUGGAGUUCAGUUCAGCCAAAGAUGCUGGGGAAGAAGAAGAAGAUUCUACAGAAAAAGGUUUCUCAAGAAUUCCAAGUCUCCAUGCCACUGAUCGGUUAGUGAUUGUUGUGGCCGUGGUGAAGAAAAUAUCAAUAGCAGAUACAAAAAUAAAAUAUUCUGUUGGUAAAAGAGCUCUUUUCUGUGCCACUAAAUUCGGAAUGAUUAAGACUGCACAAUUCUUAGUUAGAAGGACAGGAAAUUUGCUAACUGUUACUGAUGAUGAUGAAAUCAGUAGUAAUGGUUGGCUUGUAAUGGCUUGUCCUCUAGGCCACAAGGAAGUGGCACAUUAUCUUUACUCUGUGACUCCAUUUAAUCUCCCACACCUCAGGAGUGGACAUCAAGAAUUCAACUUCCUUCACCUGUGUCAAUAUACAAAAUAUUUGCUUUAUGGUGCUUGCUUGACCACUGUGUACAUUAUCCCCUUGAAGUACUUGCGUUUUGGCAACGAUGGAUAUAUAAUUGUCUGUAUCAUUUCUCCUUUAAAUUAUUAAAUUUAAGUCUUGUUUAUAUAUUAUUUUUAUUUAUGUGUUUUUUAAGUUUCUCAUGGUUUAUCAUAAUAGGUAUAAAGCAAAUAUAUGAUCUAAAGUUGAAGCAUCUCUCUGACUUAGAGAUUGCAACAAUAUUGUAAAUGUUGUGGGCAGCUAGCUCUUGAUUUUCAAACUUGCUCGCAUCUUUGAUAUUGCUUUGCAAAUGAAAAGAGAGGUGCAAUGGUACAAGGAGGUUGAGAGUAUUACUUCUCCUAGGUAUGGGGAAAUAAAAAAUAGUACUCCCAAAGACCUUAGCAAAUUUUUAUUAAGGAACACAAGAAUUUGCUAAAUAAAGCAGAAGAAUGAAAGAAGAAUUGAGUUCUUAUAUAGUUGUAGGUGCUCUUAUCAUUACCAUUAUGUUUGCAGCAACUUUUACCAUUCUUGUAGAUAACAAUUUGUAUACCAAAAAAAAGCAUAAUUUAGAAUUUAAUAUUUUUAAAAAAUUGUAAACGCUAUUGCAAUGAUGAUGAGAGUGCCUACAAUUGUAUAAGAAAUUUUUUUUUAACAAAUUUUUUUGUUCUCUAGUAAAAACUUGCUCUUUUUGAUGCCGUUGAAUGUGAAAUGAUCGAGAUUGCAAAAUGCAUAGUUAGAAAGAAUGUCAAUGUACUGACUGUUAAUGAUGAGAUUAGUAGUUUAGCUUGUAACGAGAUGUAGUGCCUGUCAUAAUAAUGAAGUGGCACACUAUCUCUACUCUGUUACUCCAGUUUUCUUUUCAUUUCUUUUCUUUUCCCCCUGUAUUGCAUGUUGAAAUCAAGGAUACAAAGGCUU